AGCGCCGAAAGACAACUCGCGUCGUCUGGAAACACUGAAGAUGAUGCGAAUCCCAUCUUGAACAUCUAAGUGGAGCGUAACGUUCACGUCUUUUGGAAAAGGGACCCCUGUCUACAGUUAUAUUCCAUGCGAGUGACAAAGGUUGUGCUUACCUUUCCCAUACAUCGAGAAAGCCUCGCGUGAAGCAGGUUGCCUGUCAUGACCAGCCUCUUCUAAUGCGCUCCAACAAUGUGGUGAUGCAAACGGCCUCCUGAAGACAAAGAGCAUCCGUCUGUCUGCCGACUUAACAGCUUCGUGAAGAUCCCCCCAUCUAUCUCUCAUCUGUUCUUUACGGGCCACAUCAACCGUGCGCUCUCUCUCUCCCUCCCUCCCUCUCCCUCUCUCUCUCUCUCUCUCUCUCUCUCUCUCUCUCUCUCUCCAUGGCCCAUCCGUAUGAGCCCUGGCCAAGGACAGCUCCCCCUGGUGGUGGCAGCGCCGAUGACAUGAACGUGUCCUGGUGGGACCUCCACCCGGGGGCCGGGAGCUGGAUGGACCUGCCGGGGGGCCCCGGGGUCGGGCUGUCGGGGAUGAGCCAGGGGGGUCCCAUGGGGCUCCAGUCGGCGCUGGGGCCGUACUGCCCCGAGGCCCAGCUGUGCGGCUUGCCCCCCGCCCAGCUCGGCCUCACCCCCCACCCGCACCUCUUCCCUCAGGACGGCUUCAAGAUGGAGCCCCUCGGCCCUCCGGAGCUGCUUCAACAACAGCAGCAGCAGCAGCAGCAGCAGCAUCAACAGCAGCAGCAGCAGCAGGUGUACACCAUGGAGGAGCCUCAAGAGGGCGCCACCUCCGUGCCCCGACCAAAGUCCCAGCGGCGGUCGGGCUCGCGGGCGUCCGGCCAGGCCGUGUGCCGGUGCCCGAACUGCGUUCACGCCGAGCAGCUGGGCAGUCAGGCCGGCGGCGGCGGCGGCGGCGACGACGGGCGCCUGCGCAAGCACCUGCACAACUGCCACAUCCCGGGCUGCGGCAAGGCCUACGCCAAGACGUCGCACCUGAAGGCGCACCUGCGCUGGCACAGCGGCGACCGGCCGUUCGUCUGCAACUGGCUGUUCUGCGGCAAGCGCUUCACGCGCGCCGACGAGCUGCAGAAGCACAUGCAGUCGCACACCGGCGCCAAGAAGUUCAGCUGCGCCGUCUGCACGCGCGUCUUCAUGCGCAACGACCACCUCACCAAGCACAUGCGGACGCACGACUCGCCCGCCGCCAGGGAGGAGAGAGCCAACGGGGACGGCGGGGGCGCCCUCGGACCCCCGCCCUCCCCUCACGGGGCCCCUGCCAUGGCGGACGGCGCCGAGGUCCCCCGCAAGCUCAAGAGCGAGCCGGACGCCGGUCUGGGCUCCAUGUCCGGACAGGCGGGCAAACUGAGCUAACUACAUCUCCACAUCUCCUGUUGGCAGUCAGCGCUGAACCGUAACAGAGACUGGAGGACAACCGACACUUAGAGUCUUUUUUUUUUUCAGACACUGAUUGAGUGACCACUAACAUAAAUGUUCCACACGUGUCUUCUUAGUACCCUUCUAUUUGGGAGUCUACUAACUCUUGGUAGAAUUUUUAAGUACAGACGGACUCUCUUGACCAUUUUGUUUAGGCAAGGAUGGACAAUAGAUGGAGCCGCACACGGCCACAUUACUGUUACUACUGCAGCAUUUCCUAAGGGCUUGGGUUACAGCUGGGCUACAAUUGAGUUACGGUUGGGUUGCAAUUGGGUUACAGUUGGGCUACAAUUGGGUUACAGUUGUGUUCAAAGUGUUUUAAUACAUGUGGUAUGAAUGCAUUUGCAAUCACCGCUGCCCCAUGACAAGUUAAAGGGGAGAUCACUUUCUGUCUCAGUUCAACUACAAAACAGCAAGACACCAAAAACAACUGUCAGUGAUGACAAGUAUAGGCCUAACAACAGACACCACUUCUCAGUCAGAGUCAAUGAUUUUAAAUAUUUUGAAGAUACGUUUACUUGAUUGUAGAUAAAUCAAGGUCAAGUUGUGAUGAUCUCAUUGUAAUGUGGAUUUAAUAUUAUUUAUUAUUCCUCUACACGUGACUUGAAGGAUUUAAUCUUAAGGUCAUUUAGACUCUGGCUGCCACUGUGUACAGUACAAUAGAGUAGUUGAGAAUUGUACACAUCUUCAUAUUUAUCAUGAUUUUGCAAUUUAUCACGAUUUUGUUAAUACUAUGACUGAAAAAUUAAAGGCACAAUAUGAAAGCUAUCUGUGUUGAGGUCUGGAACACUGAUAUUUGUAUUAACAAUAUCAGCACACAGAGAGAAAAGACGAUAGGUGUCAGGUGGCUACAGAUUCAUUCGUUUUCAGGAAACUGAAAAACUUGUAUUUUUAAAUGAUUCAACAUUGUGUCAUCAAAUAAAGAAAAAAUAGAAAUACAAGGUCUCCAUCUAACAUCAGCGAUAGAUUACAACAUUAUUGUGCAUAAUUGAUUUGAAGUAGCUUCACGAUUUCAUAGAUUUCAUAGCAUAAUUUGUAGUGCUACCCAUGUUAUAACACUGAAUUUAGUGGUCACUGGAAUUCAGUGCGGUAACAUGAAUCAGAUUUACUCUCUUCAGUAUUUCAGAGCGUGAUCACCUAGCAGUUCUCCUAGAGUUUAGAUAUCUAUCCAAAUGCAUAUGUAUAGAUCACAGUUACAGUUAGACAUAUAGGCAUAUAGAGUAUCCAGUCAUUCAUUCUACACUACAGCUACACAACAUUUCUAAAUGCAAUAUGAAGCAUCACUGCUUCAGCAAAUCAGCUGUCAAUACAUUCAGAGCAAUGCUUGGUAGGAAAAGCACAUUGAGAGGGGAAAAAAUAAUCCAUUUUGGAUAUCAUUUAUGGUUUCUUUUUUUAUAUAUAAAUUGACAUUUAGGCUACAUCAACUAGUGCUUAGUAAACAGAAAGUAUGCGUGGCACUUACAUGAAUUAGCUCUGCACGACCUUUACGUUUUUCUAUAUUUACACAGACAGCUGCUAUCUUCCCUCAUCAUGCUGUAUGUUUGGGGUUUUUUGUCAGUUGGUUUUGUUAAACUAUAUCUAAUGCGGUGCGUUACACAUAUUUCUAUGUAAAUAAAAAAUAAUUGACAUGUAUAAACAUAUUCUGCAAUUACAGAGCUAAGAGGGAAGAGACAGCACUCAGUUCAUUUGCAAUUGAAACUCUAUUGUUUUGAUAUUGUUUGUAGCAGUUAAUGAUGAACUGGGAUUGGGAUGGGGAUAGUCUCUAUAGUUAUUAUUUUUAUUUUAUUGUUUUUAAAUGUAGUAUUGAUUCCCUGCUGAGACACUGGAAAUACUUUUGUUUGUUUCAUAGUGUGAGUGAAUUAUAGUGUUUCAGUGAAUUUUUGUUCCUGAUUUUUUUGUUUGUUUGUUUUAGAUGCAUUUUACACUGGAUUUUAAUUUACUCAUUGGCAAUGUAGUGGUACUUACAGAAUGAUUUCAAAUUGUGUAAUUUAAUUGCUGGUUUAAAGACUGAUUGUAAGUAGAAUAUUAUAAAAUGUUUCUAAGAUAAUAAAGUUUU